AUGAUUGGUGUCGUCUGUUGCGGCAGCCACGUUUACAAUACAUCGAGUCAACUAUGUUGCGAAGAAAAUGUACACAAUCGGGACGGAGGCGGUGUCAUGGCUCACUCAUGUUGCGGUACUAAACCACUUCGCCUUGAUCAAACUUGUUGUGGAGGGGUGAUCCAUAGUAUAAUUGGUGGUGAUUGCUGCGGCACCGACGUCUAUUUCCAAAAGGAUGCCACUGCCUUGUGUUGUGAUCAGACCUUAUCAUUAAAAACGACUCCAGAUGACGUUUGUUGUGGCAAUUCAACUUUUGACGGAGGUAUCAGUCAGAUGUGUUGUGGUUCGUCUGUUUUCAACUCAACAGAACUCAAUUCUUGCUGCACCUUGAACAAUGGCACCGCCCGUCCUUACCACUCGUCCUCCCAUGUUUGCUGUGAUGGUCCACUCGAGAAAUCAUCGAAUGUUCGAGCGUGUUGUUAUCUUCGCAAUGAGGACGGAAAGUUUAGAGAUACGCAAUACGACAAGACGAAGCAGUGUUGCAAGUAUCCGUACGAUAAAAUCUAUUCGAUGGGACGGAAUAAAACAUGUUGA